AUGAUCACCAUCCCCCUUGAGAUCGCCAAGCAGCUCCCCAUCUCCAAGUACCGUCUGCUGGACAGCCUGUACCGCGAGUUUGAGGGACUCCCCCUCCCCCUCUCCCAUGAGGUCCUCGCCGAGGCCCUCGAGCUCGCCGACUUGGUUGUGUCCUCGCCCGUCUUUGAGGUCGACGUCAAGACCGAGGCCAUUGCCUGGAAGGCGACAUUGAUGGAGCACGCUGAUGACUGGCACAAGAUGAAGAACGACACUGGCGCCGACUCGCCUCUGUACCGCGUGCUCCUGGGCAUGCAGGAGGAGAUCCAGUCGCUCCGCCACGCUCUGUCCGGUGCCCAGCGUCGUCUCGACACGUACGACGAGGCCCGCUUCAACCACGCUCGUCGCGUCCUGGGCUUGCCUCCGUCAAGGAGCACUCCCGGUACUCCUCCCCACUUCCACAACCACCAGCCUAUGUACGCCAACCCAUCCGUCAUCACGCGCAUGUCGGCCGACCGCCUUCGCGACGCCCUCGAGGUCUACCUCGACGAGACCCCGCCCCUCGAGGCCAACCGCGAGCAGAUGGUCAAGGCUCUCAAGGUCUGCUGCGGCAUGGAGGAGACUGGCUUGUAA